AUGGCACUUGCUAAGGACCGUAUGUGUUCGGUUCAGACUUGUGCCUAUAACGAAAACAUGAUGGUAGAUCUUUAUGGCUUUGAUGACGAGAACCACAAGAAGUUCCUUGAAGAAGGGGAAAGCCGCAGCUGCUUCGAAAAGACUAAUAAUGGGCUGAUCAGCAAGAAUUUAGCCGCGAGCCGUUCUUCCUCUUCUCUUGGCAGUCCAAGCAGUGCGAAUUCUAAUGAAUUAAUAUUUCAUUCCCCAAGCCAUCAAACUGAGGAAGCUCAUUCUUUGAUCGAUUUUCGCAGCGGAUACAAUCAUUUCAUGCAUGCUAAUGGAUCUUUGCUCAGCUUCCAGCAGAACAACAAUAGGGUUUCACAGGCUACUGGUCACAAAGAUGACAGCUUAACUUGGGAAGGGAAUUUCAAUUACAAUUACCAGUGGAAUCAGAUGAAUCCAAAGUGUAUCGCAGAUCCUCGUUUGUUGGAAGAAAUCAACUACUCUCGAACAGCUAGUAACUUCAAUUCCAUGGUCAAUUCUGAAAAGGAAAAUCAUGGGGAUUGGUUGUACUCUGAAGGGACUAUUGCUACUGAUGCUAUCCAGGAUUCUGGUACACAAGAUGUAAACUUCCAUAAGCGUCCCAAUUUGGGGGAGAGUAUGCAGGCUCUAAAGAAGCAAUGCAAUAGUACAACCAGGAAGCCAAAAGCCAAGUCAUCUCCAUCGAAGGACCCUCAGAGUAUUGCAGCCAAGAAUCGACGAGAGCGGAUUAGCGAGAGGCUUAAGAUAUUGCAGGAACUGGUGCCUAAUGGUUCAAAGGUUGAUUUGGUUACCAUGUUAGAGAAAGCCAUUAGUUAUGUUAAGUUUCUUCAGUUGCAAGUAAAGGUGUUGGCAACUGAUGAAUUUUGGCCGGUUCAAGGCGGGAAAGCUCCUGAUAUUUCUCAGGUAAAGGAAGCCAUCGAUGCCAUCCUUUCAUCUCAGAAAGAUAGGAAUUCGAGCUUAAGCUCAAAGUGAUUAAUUGGUGACAAUUAGCCAAGAAGGUGAAGAAGAAGAAGAGAAGAUGCAUAUAAUAAUAUAUUGUGAAGACAGCUUCUCAGGCAAAGAAAAAGCUUUAUUUUGGAAGUUAGCAAUAUUAAUUGUUGGAUUAACGAGGCAAGAAAAUUCGAAUACAAAAUAAUAAUCUUUUGUUCUGU